AUGCGGGGGAAAGAUGUGAAAGUGGAUAACAACGUGAUGAAGAAAGUCUUUGGGUUCAAUCUAGUGGCACUCGGUAAACGUGGCAUUCCGGCUCUCGGGCAUGUUGUGACGGCAUUGGCCAUACACUUUGGAAUCCCUGAUCAACCUGUCUUUAUCGACGCGACAUGGUCAUUGGAAGGCGAGCCAAUGCGGUGUAUUAAUGAACAUGAGCUCCGGAACGCCGACCUCAUUCAAAAUCGAACCACCCCACGGGAGUACACAAAGCGCAAGCCCUACGACACUUAUUUCAAGAAGCUCAAUGAAGGUGAGGCACCUACCACUUAUGAGGCCGGGACAUCCCGGCAACCG